AUGGCUCCAUUUCUAAUAUCCUUGAAUUACUUGAUGCUUAGGCAGAUAUUUGCAUCCUUGAAUUACUCAACACUUUUUUUGAUAUUGGUGAACCUGAAAAUACUGAUGACUAAAAGAGGUGGAAAAGCUAAGGUAUUAGCACCAGGAAAACUUCAAGAAGAACGAAAUCGCAUAAUUAACAAGAAGCAUAUCUUUAGGAAACCUGCUCAAACAACAUUGUCUAUGCAGGAUGCAUCAUCGGCACCAACACCAGCUCAGGCAGCACCGUCCGUGCAGGUUGCAUCGUCGAUGCCGACAUCAGCUUCGAAAAAAUCAUCUGUGCAGGCUGCAUCGUCGAUGCCAACACCAGCUCAGGAAGCAUCGUCCGUGCAGGUUGCAUCAUCAAUGCCAACAUCAGCUUCUAAAAAAUCGUGUGUGCAGGCUGCAUCGUUGAUGCCAACACCAGCUCAGGCAGCAUCGUCCGUGCAGGCUGCAUCGUCGAUGCCAACACCAGCUCAGGCAGCAUCGUCUGUGCAGGCUGCAUCGUCGAUGCCAACACCAGCUCCAACUGUAGUACCUGUUCAUGCCACUACCUCUGAGAAAUUCAGUUUUAUGCCUACUCCAACUUUAAGCCAUCAAACAAUGGCUGACCCUCAAAGUAUAAACCUUCAAACAAUGGCUAGCCCUUCAAAUUUGGCAGAGGAGGAAGAUGUGGAUGCUGAUGAGGAUGAGGCGGUGGGUCAAGAAAUUAUUACCCCUCUUGUGCCAACAAUAGAUGAGAAUGGGAAAGUUAUUAUAAAACCAUCUGGUACUGGGCUAGUUCGUGCCAAAGAAGUUGCUGGUGCCAUUAAUUAUGCGAUACGCAAACAAUUUUAUAAACCUAUACAUCAUUGGUCUGCACUCGAUCCUGAUACGAAAGCUGAUUGGUUUAAGUUGUUUGGAGAGAAGGUUUCGUGGGAUCCUUUCGAUCAUGCAUUUGUCUAUAGCGCAUUUGAAAAAAAAGGAAGAAAACGAUUAAACGACAUGUUGGGGAAGGCGAGGAGAAAAGGGACUCGACCUUCAUGGAUUGGUGAUGAUGCUUGGGUUGAACUUCAAACUUAUUGGAAAAAGACCGAGUUUUUGGCUGUGUCUUCUCAAAACAAGACCAAUCGAGCUUCCGCAAGAGGCGGAGCAGUCCACACCACAGGCCGUAAGGCUCAUAUUGAUGUUGCACUUCAACUUUCACGUGAACUUCAAAGGGAUCUGCGUCCCGAUGAGUUAUUUUUAAAAACACACAAGAGGAAAAAUGGUGAAUGGGUUGACAGUCGUGCUGCAUCUACUUAUAAGACUUUUAAAGAGAAGUUUGAUGCAGAACUUCAGCCAACUGAAGAAGGGAAUGGAGAGGUUGUUCAGGUGUUAGAUGGAGAGCGUGUAAAUCAGCUAUGGACAGAGGCUGCUGGGGGCCGUAACCGUGGUCGGGUUUAUGGCGCUGCAGAUUUAGCUAUUAAUCUAAAACGUGGAUCAAAAAGUUUUACCCAACAAUCUCAAACUCCUCAACACUCUAUGUUUGGGAUGUCAUUAGAAGCUGAAAGAGCAGCUAGAAUUAGAGCUGAACAAAUUGCCGAGGCUGCAACGACCCAAUUACAAGAGGCUAACGAAGCAAUGCGAGCUGCUACCGAGGCUGCAAAAGCUGCUACCGAGACUGCACAAAGGAUGGAGAGGGAGAUGAAUGCUUGGAAGGAAUUUAUGAUGAAGAAAUUUGACACUUCAACUUUUGUAUCACAUUCUCAUCAUUAUGAUGACGAUUUGGAUGAUCAAUCAUUAGAUGAAGAUUGA